GGGAGGGCAGGCGGUCACCAUCUGGCCUGAGGAGCACGCAGCUGGCGGUCGAUCCCGGGCCCCCUCCGCGUGGGUCCGGCAGGGCGCCCAGAGAAUGCCCGGGGGCUCCAGCGGUGGGCUUGGCCGGUGCGUGCGUCUUGCCGCCACCGGGCUGCUUAUUGUUUUUAAUUUGAAGACAGUGACAAUAUCCUGAUUUUCCUACCCUACACUUUGGGUUCCGAAGUGAGUUUUAUCUAAAAAUUGCUGCAUAAUGCCAGAUACAAGCAGCAUCUGAAGAAAAUUUGCAGCAGUUCCAAGAGGAGCAUAUUGCUUCCAUAAGACGUCAGAUGGAACUCAGAAUUAAAGACUUGGGAUCUGAACUCUCCAAGAGGAAAACUUUUGAAGAUUCUAAUAAAGCAGAGUUGGAAAAAUAUAAGCAACACUACCUAGAGAAACUAAAAGAAAGUCCUUGGAAAAGAAACUAGACAAGACUAAUGAGAGCCUGGCAGAGAUCAGCACCAAACUUGAGGUGGAGAAACCGCAGAAGAGAUCUUUACUCAGCACUCCUAGCAGCACGCUAGUCCUGGAGCCCUCUUCUGUUGGAAAUUUCAAUCCUACUUCAGGGUUCAAUGCAAAUCUUCUUUCAGGAGCAAUUGUAGGGUUUUCUACCUCAAUUCCACACCGUUCAAAUGACAGCGUGGAGACUUACUUGACCAAGGUUAACUUCGAGGAAUUUAAGGACGGUUUCAUGGCUGUGUUGUCAUCACAGGCUGGUCUUGCCUCCUCAGAUGAAGACAGUGGGCCUUUGGAGUCAGUUGCCUCCCGGGCUGUGCCCUCAAAGGCCAUGAGCAGCUCUAACUGGUCCGGCCGUCGGAGCCAGCCCGAGCCCUGUGGCGCUGCAGAUGGAGCCCCAGGUUUACCGGAGCAGCCGGUCACACCCAGUGUGAGGAGCCAGCUCUGCUGCUCCGCGUCCCUGGAAGGCGUGGAGAGUCUCAAGUUUGAUGAAGAAGCCAACAGUGCGACGGAGCCUCAGAAUGAAUUCUCUGAAGUCCAAGGGAGCAGGUGGAGCAGAUGGCCAGGGAGCCGAGAUAAGGCGAGACAAGACCUGGAGAAAGCUGAGCAGAGGAACCUGGAGCUUGUGAAAGAGAUGGAUGACCUCCAUUCUGCCCUGGAGCAUCUCGCGGAGGAGAAGGUCAGACACCUGCUGUACCCUGGAGAGAGCUCCAGUUCCCAUCUGCGUCUUCCCACCGCUGCCUGCCUGUCCCCGAGCCUGGCUGAUAAGCUGUAUGGAGCCACCCAGAGGCUGUGGCUGGCCCGGUCCCAGCACGCCCAGCGGGUGCAGCAGUUGCAGGACGAGAUGGCACAGCGCGUGCCCACAGGCCGUGUGGCCGAGCUGCAGCAGCUGCUGGAAGGGGAGCAGCGGGCAGCUUGGCAGCUCCGGGAGGAGGCGCAGGAAGCACAUGAAAAACAGCUGGAAGCAACAGAAGAGCAGGUGGAGGAGGUGGGGAUGACUUUGAAGAACAUGGAAGUGCUCUUCCAAGAGAAAGUGGGUGAGCUGAAGGAACAGUUUGAAAAGAGCACAGGAUCUGAUCUGCUGCUCAAGGAGCUCUAUGUGGAAAAUGCCCACCUGACAAAAGCGCUUCAAGUCACUGAGGAGAAGCAACGAGGCACUGAGAAAAAGUCCCGAUUCUUGUACGGAAAAGUUAGAACUCUCAGCAAACUCCUCAGCAAGAUUGCUACAGCUUCCCUCGCUGUGUAAACUGCUUUUCUUCCUGGAGUUCAUUUUGAAGGAACGUCUAUUAAAGUAAACCAGUGUGACACCGUAACUUACUGUGGCUCACUGGCUGUACACCCCUGGAUAAACGAGGAUUGUGAUUCUGUUUACCCCACAAGCAUUUAAUGAAGGGUUGUAUGCCAAAUGCCUGGGAAACACGUUGGAGAGGACUAUUUUUUUUUUUAGUGGUCCUUGGGUAACUUCCAGAGUUACAUUCCUAAUUUUGCUACUGAAAAACAAACCAGAUUAUGGGGUUCUCAGCAAGGUAAAUGGUAAAAUAAAACAAUUUUCAUCUUGCACUUCUGACCUUGGCUACAGAGAUUAAAAUGCAAAGUCAGGGCUCUGUAGUUUUACCAUUGCACUGUUCUAUGGGUUUAGUCACUGGCAUUCUCGAUGGUGGAUCGGUGUAGACACUCCAGAAAUGCUACACUUUCUGUAACUUUCAACUAUUGAUAAGGGAUAGAGGAAGGAAGCCUUUUUGUCAGGGCCUGUUCGACCACGAGGGAGGUCUAGACAGUGCUGGUGUUUUAGGGCUGUGGACUCAGGGAGGAUGGUAUCGUAUCCAUUGUGAAUGCAAUCUUUUCCUCACUGAAAUGUCAUCACACUGCAAAGUGUAUUAUAUGUUUA